AUGGCCUAUAUUGUUCAAGGUAGUUCAUCACCAGUUGCUGGUGUUGAACCACAUCGUGCUAUACAUCCAAAUUCGUUGUAUCUAACAUUUCGUUUUCAUUGUACAACAGAAGAACGUGCACGUCAAGUUGCUGAGAGAUUGUUCAACGGUGAUUAUGAAAUUGAAAUUGCUUUUUAUUUUGGUGGUAUACGUGAAGGACAUGUGAACUUCGUCUCAAUUACAGGUGAUCAACUGAAGAGUGUUUUGAGUAAAACAACAGCUGACGGUGGUAAUACUAAUGCAACAUAUAUUCAUCGUAAUCAAGCAUCAAAAUAUGUUGGUCGUUAUGUUGUUAAUGUUAAUAAGAUGAUGUACAUUGAAAAUCCAAAUGCAAAUCUAUCACAAAUGACUGACGGUUUAGAUGAACAAUUCGCUGGGCUGUUACAACAAGGUAAUAAAACAGUGUUUCCAUAG